AUGCAGGAAGAAAAGUGCGAUAGACCUGUGACGAGGUCACAGGAUUAUGAUUCGGAUUCCACUAGCAGCUCAUUAACCAAAUUGGAGUUUGACGACUCAGAAGAAUUCGAUAGCUGGAAAGGAUGGGCAGUGGUAGCAGCUUCCUCAUGUAUUCUUUUCAUCUACCUCGGAAUUAUCUAUUCAUGGGGCGUGCUGGAGACAGAGCUUGUUGAUACAAUGUCUUUCUCAUUAACAACAAUGACCUUUGUCGGUUCCUUGGCUACCUCAUUUAUGGUUUCGAUCGGAUUCUUAGUCGGCAUGUUCAUUCGACGAGUUGGAUAUCGACGAACUGCGUGUCUUGGUGCUCUCUUGAUGGGACUUGGAGAAUUCAUGGCUAGCUGGGCGACCAAAAGUCUACCUGGUUUGUUUAUUUGUCACGGUGUGGUAUUUGGCAUUGGAGGUGGCUUGACUAUCCUGCCCUGUUCAACUGUGCCUCUUCGGUGGUUCCGCAAGCACCGUGGUCUGGCAACUGGUGUGGUUUUUGGAGGAGGAAGUCUUGGAGCAGCGAUCAUGAGUGUCGCUACAAAUCUACUUGUCGAUGAGGUCGGCGCUGCAUGGACCUUUCGGAUAUUCGGUCUCCUCUUAUGGGCUGUCUGUAUACCAGCAGGACUCUUCAUUCGGAAACCAAAGAAUGCCAACAUAACCGUCCCAGAGCUCCAGUGGUACCGGUUCAAAGAACGAAAAUUCCUUGUUCUGUUCAUCGGUAGUGGACUGGGCUGUUUCCCAUUAUUCGUUCCAUCAUAUUUCAUUCCCAUUUUCGCGCGCGCGGUUGCUUCACAAAAAGUUGCUAUCAUUAUCCUGGCAUUUUGGAAUGUCGCCUCGACCAUCGGGCGGGUAGGAGCUGGAUUCCUAGCUGACUCGGUCUUGGGACCGCUGAACAGUCUCGUUCUAUCUUUGUUUUUGGCCGGUGUCAGCUCUCUAGUGAUUUGGCCCUUUUCAAGCUCCAUCGCGGUAUUGUCCGUCUUCAUUGUGAUCAAUGGUAUGGGCUGUGGUGCAUUCUUUAGUCUCAUUCCCACAACAGUUGGGUCAAUGUUUGGUGCUCGGAAUGCCCUUGGUAUCCUUCCACUUCUCUGGCUCGGAUGGUUCUUUGGUUAUUUCUUUGGAUCACCCAUCGCAGCCGGACUCUAUGCCAUGGCCGACAAAAACUCCGGAAUUUCUGCAUACCGACCAGCCGCUUAUUAUACGGGCGCAAUGUCCAUCGUGGGCAUGUUAAUCAUUGUAUGCGUCCGCUGGAUGUACUGUGGGAAGUUGAUGACCCGCGUCUGA